AUGGUGGUUGGGGGUUUAACCCACACUUAGAACACAUUGAGUGGAAACCAGUCUGAGUUAGCACCUCUUAAAAACGAGCAGGACAUUUGUCCAGCGUCCGUGCAUCCACAUUAAUAGACUGCAAUUUUUCCAGCUCUUUGCAAAAUGAGACAAUACAAACCUUCCACGACAGGAAGACACUAAUGAAAUAAUAAAACCAACCCCUCCCCCGUUUAAUAUUUUCAUGUUCUAGAAAAAAUGUGGGAAUGACACAGUUAACUCCAGUGCGUGGUGGCGCAGUUCACAUCUUUGGGUGGAGGGGGUCUGGAGAAAUUGUGGAGAGAGAUGCACGGGGCAGAUUAUAUGCAUCCUCCACCUGGAGAGUGUUACUGCAGGAACGCGAUGGCAACCGAGGGGCUGCAGGAGAAUGAGUCCGUGUCGUCGCUCAGGGAGGAAGCAGAGACGCUGAAGGGGAAACUGGAAGAGGAGAGAGCGAAGCUUCAUGAUGUGGAGCUUCACCAGGUGGCUGAGCGAACAGAGGCACUUGGACAGUUUGUGAUGAAGACAAGACGGACUCUAAAAGGCCAUGGAAACAAAGUGCUGUGCAUGGACUGGUGCCGAGACAAGAGAAGAAUUGUCAGUUCCUCCCAGGAUGGAAAGGUUAUUGUGUGGGAUGCUUUCACAACCAACAAGGAACACGCAGUGACCAUGCCCUGUACCUGGGUGAUGGCAUGUGCCUAUGCCCCGUCAGGCUGCGCUGUUGCAUGUGGUGGCUUGGACAACAAGUGCUCCGUGUACCCACUGACUUUUGAUAAAAAUGAGAGUAUGGCGGCCAAGAAGAAAUCUGUUGCGAUGCACACAAACUACUUGUCUGCCUGCAGCUUCACUAAUUCAGACAUGCAGAUCCUGACAUCGAGUGGUGAUGGAACCUGUGCCCUUUGGGAUGUUGAGAGCGGACAACUGCUUCAGAGCUUUCAUGGGCAUGGCGCAGAUGUCCUUUGCCUUGACUUGGCCCCAUCUGAGACCGGCCAUACAUUUGUGUCAGGGGGCUGUGAUAAGAAAGCAAUGGUUUGGGACAUGCGCUCUGGUCAGUGUAUCCAGUCCUUUGAAACGCAUGAAUCUGAUAUAAACAGUGUUAGGUAUUUCCCUAGUGGUGAUGCUUUUGCUUCUGGUUCAGAUGAUGCCACGUGUCGUCUGUAUGAUCUCCGUGCAGACAGAGAAGUAGCCAUCUAUUCAAAGGACAGUAUUAUCUUUGGUGCCUCCAGUGUAGACUUUUCACUGAGUGGUCGCCUCUUGUUCGCCGGUUACAAUGAUUACACCAUCAAUGUGUGGGAUGUAUUGAAAGGAACACGAGUGUCAAUCCUGUUUGGACAUGAGAACCGGGUCAGCACUUUGCGAGUUUCCCCUGAUGGCACUGCUUUCUGCUCAGGAUCGUGGGAUCAUACUCUGAGGAUUUGGGCUUAAAGUUUCUUGAACUUGAUCACCCAACCUUCAAUAAAGUUUCCACUCUAGGAUUUCGUGGUGUUACUAAUUUGAUGGCUUGACUCCUAGAUCUUGUCUGUUAUAGGAAAUGUGAAAAUAUUUUGGGUUUGUGACAUAUAACCAAGUCUAUAAUGACAAUCUAAUAAUUUAAGAGUUCUCGUAGAAGAUUAGAGAAUUAUUAUUUUGGUACCGUCAUUCAAUUCAACCUACAGCAAAUAAAAUGUUUUCAAAUUAGUUUCUGCCUUUUCCAAAUGUUAUUCAGUAAUAAGUACCCCCACUUUCUGGCCAUGCGUCCAUUUGUAAGUUGUUCUUUAAUUUGCACAUUUACAUCAAAACUUUAAUGUUUCCAUGCAGGGUGGGUGAGUUCAAAACUAGAGGACAUAUUUUUAAGGUGAGAGGAGAAAGAUUUAAAAGAGGCCCGAGGGGCAA